GUAUAUACGACGCCGCUUGGCGUCGAUCGGUCGCGUGGGACGCCAGCAUCCGGUAUCGAGAUCGCGGAUACCAUUGUUGGCGCGUAGUUUCCGCUUGGCGACGAACUCCGGAAGAGUUCGGAAAAGCGCGAAGGCAGUCCCGAGAGUCGUGUGGUGGCAUCCCCUGUGCAUCUAUUAUAGAGAGGACGGGGUCCGAUAUAUCCUGGUGGCGCGUCGACGUGCGAGUUUCCGACACGGGGACGUUUCCGAAGGACGUCGCGCCGAGAGUUAUCCCUCUGAUCUCGCGCGACAGUCUCGUCGGUAUUGCGUCUGUCACUUGUCACGUGACGGUGUGGGAAAUUGCGAAUAUCACGUUCUCGCGCUCUUUCUCCCUUCAGUGAGAGAAAGAGAGAGGAACGGAGGAGAGGCCACGGUAAGUGCGUUUCCCAAGGACGUCGGUCCCGGCGCAUCUCGCUGGGCUGCGCGCACAGGUGGUGUGUCCUUCGCUGGCUUGCCGUAACAAAAGCGGGAGGAACUGCGCCCGGCAUCGUUUUCAUCACAACGAAAUUACGUUGGUAAUAAUAGGCAGUCUUUGCGAAGAGGAAGGUAGACGGAAACCGCGUUCCCGUCACACGAAUUACGUUCGACAAAAGAAGGAAAAACAUUAGUCUGCUAUAUAUAAAUAAUAUUUAUUUCCGAUAUAAAAUAUAUCAAAUAAAUAUUGUGUGAGAAAGAACUUCAAAUAAAUGCACUUCACUACGCAUUAUUUAAGAGUCGGAGUAUAUUGCAUCGAAUUGCAUAACUAGAUGUGCCACUUCGUCGCUAAUUAGUUUGAUCCUCUUAGAGAUCCUCGAGAGCGCCGUAGACAUAAAAAAAAUAAAAUUAUUAAAGAGCGAGAUAAAAUUACAAAAAUAUCAAAGAAGAAUUAAAACGUAAAAAGAAAAUAGAUAUCAAAGGAAGAUUGAAAAAGGAGAAAAAAAGAGAUGAAAUUGUUUGAUCGAGGAAUCAAUCUAUAAAGAACGAUAAAGGAAGGCGAAAAGAGGAGGGGAAGCGAAAAGGAAGGGGAAGGGAAAGAGUGGUAUAUCGUCGAGAGACAGGAAGAGAAAGAUAUACGCAAGGGCAGCAGAGCCUCUCUUUCUGCAGGAACGAGAUCGACGAGAUUCGAUCGGUCGAGGGGAGAUAAAAGGCGGGGACGACGAGGACUCGCGCGCAAAGAAGAUGAGCCUGGACCGCCGUCGCGGUUCGCAGCAUCUCGUAAACAGGAUCGUCCUAGGGACGGCGGCAUCGACGGCGGUGGCCUUCGAUGGAACGCCGUCGUGCGGUUCAACGACUUAGAGAGUUGCGUCCAUAGAGUUAUACGACCUUUACAGUACGCGUAAGGUAUAAAGUAAACUGCGACCGCCCCUUUCCGCAAGAACGUGACGUCGUGAUAUGCGAUGUAAGGAGAGACCCUUUCGUUGGCUAUAUCGUAAGAUCGAUAUCAUAGCGGAACUUUAAUUGUGAGAAAAAGAUUGCCCGUGUCUUCUCUUUCAACGCGUAAAUUUCUGAGAAAUUAAGAUCGACUCGAGAAUCGAGAGAUGAAAAGAUGAUUCGUCGCGCUUCACAGCAGUUAAAUUUAGACGAAUCCUUCGAACCAUACAUCAAAUUCUUCAAGAGAGAUUAAAAACAAUGAUUCGGAAAGGCGUCUUGCGUGAGAUUGAUCAAGAUUAACGUGAGACUCGUCUCUUAUCUCAUAAUUGCGAUCGCGGUUCGAAAUCGCGUAAUCGGUGCUAGAUCAGCUACGUCAUCGUCGUUCGCGAUAAGGAAGAAAACUCGUUUCGAAAGAGGCGACGUGCUCUAGGAAAUUUUCUCACGACGUGGAUAGGAACACGCAAAAUUCAGCAUCAUGUUCCAGUGUAUCAUACAACAGAGGAAUGGCUGGAUCCAUCCUUACACACCCGACACCAAGGAUGUCUUUCCAGACAUACGGCUACAACUGAACGAACAGCUGAGAUGCCUCGAUGUGAGAAUGGAGGCGCAAGUCGCCCUCGUGGCCGAGCUCCAGGACUUUUUCCGCAGGAGAGCGGAACUGGAACUAGACUACAGCAAGUCCCUCGACAAGAUGGCCAGGAGCAUACAGUUGAGGCAUAAGGAGCAGAAACAAAAACGGGAACAAUGGCCCCUGUUCUCCAGCUACGCCUGCUGGCAGCAACUCGUCAACGAGACCAAGUCCCUCAGCAGGGAUCACGCCGCCCUGUCCGAGGUCUACAGCACCCACCUCGUGGGCCGCCUCAAUCAGGUGAUGGAGGACGUGCAGCGAAUUUACAAGCGUUGUCGCGAGAUUGGCUAUGAAACGCACGAGGAAAUACUCCGAGUGCUGCACGAGCUCCACACGACGAUGAAGACGUACCAGGCUUACCAGGCCGAGUCCAGGCAAGCGGAGACGAAGCUCCGCGUCGCCGAGCAACAACGCAACAAGCUCGAAGUGGCGAACGCGGACAGCCGUGACAAGCUCGCUCGCAGUAAGAAAUACAAGCUCAUCGAGAAGGAAGUUAACAAGAGGAAGAGCAAGUACCAAGAGGCGAAGCUGAAGGCGCUCAAGGCGAGAAACGAGUACAUCUUGUGCCUGGAGGCGUCGAAUACGACGAUACACAAAUACUUCGUCGACGAUCUAUCCGACCUCAUCGACUGCAUGGAUUUUGGAUUCCACAAUUGCAUAGCGAGAGCACUACUGAUGCACUGCAGUGCGGAGGAGGGCAGGCAGCGUUCCUUACAAUCUGGCGCCGAACAAUUAGCUGCGUUCGUCGGUGCACUCGACUCUCGGGCGGAUAAACAGAGAUUCAUGGAGUCUCAUCACGCGGCCUUCAUGAUUCCUAAGAAAUUCGAGUUCCAAGGACAACGCGGAGACGAGUCGCCGGAGCCCGAAUUACAGAAGAUGCUGCAUUCGGAGAUGGAGCAACGAUUGCAGCAAUUGCAGCAGAGGGUGACAUCGCUGCGAACCGAAUCGGAAGAGGUAUGGAAGACUCUAGAGACCGCGGAGGCGAGUCUGCUCGAGAUGCUGACCGCCAAGGAUUACGAUUGUUCAAGAUACUUUGGCGAUAACGCUGUGCCCACGUCCAGACCGCCGGAGACAUUGCAGAUCAAGUUGCGAGCUGACAGACAGGAGACUGAAGAAUUCUACCUCACAAAAUUCAGGGAAUAUCUUCUCGGUACGUCGAGAAUCGCCAGGCUAGAUGCAAAACAAGAGUACAUCCGACAGAGUUUGUUGGAUGGCUCGAACGCCAGUCCGAAUCCGUCGAUUUCCGCGACGAAGCAAAAACAAGCGCGCCGCAAGCGGAUUGGUCGUCUACAAAUGAAUGGUCAGCCGAAGCUGUUUGGCGGUUCGCUCGAGGAGUAUUUGGAAAGCACGAAUCAGGAGAUACCACUGAUCAUGAAGAGUUGUAUUCGUGUGAUCAAUUUGUACGGCUUGCACCAUCAGGGUAUCUUCCGUGUGUCGGGCUCGCAGGUGGAGAUCAACAAUUUCCGCGAGUGGUUUGAGCGCGGCGAAGACCCGUUGGCAGAUGUGACCGACGCUUCGGACAUUAAUAGCGUCGCCGGGGUGUUAAAACUUUAUCUAAGGGAGCUACGUGAACCGCUUUUUCCUAUCAUUUACUUCGAGCAUCUGAUGGAGUUGGCGCAGCUCGAAUCGAAACAGGACUUUGUCAACAAGAUGAAGGAGAUGAUAGCGAGUCUGCCGAGGCCGGUCGUGAUCGUCAUGCGAUAUCUCUUCGCUUUUCUUAAUCAUUUGUCGGAAUUCUCAGACGAGAACAUGAUGGACCCGUACAAUUUGGCCAUCUGUUUCGGCCCGACCCUAGUGCCCGUUCCCGAAGACAAGGAUCAGGUUCAAUAUCAGAAUCAAGUUAACGAGCUUAUUAAGAACAUUAUCACAUUCUGCGAGGAAAUCUUCCCGGAAGACAUCGGCGGCACUCAGUAUGAGAAGUAUAUCAGCAGAGAGCCUGACGAUGCGGACGUGGGUGAUUCGCCGACGGAUCAAGUCCAAGAAGAUAUGGAUUCGGAAGUUUAUCCUUCAGAAGACGAAUCUGAGAAUCUCGAAGCAACAGCACAAUUCGAUUUUAACGCGAGAUCCGAGAGAGAGUUGAGCUUCAAGAAGGGCGACACUUUGACGUUAUACACACAAGUUAGUAACGAUUGGUGGCGAGGCGCUCUGGCUGGCAGAGAGGGAUUAAUUCCUGACAAAUAUAUCAUGCUCAAGAUAAAAGAUGAGGAGCGUGAAAAGGAACUUUUAAAAUCGUCCAGUGAGGAAUCCAUGCGUAGAAGAGCGUCUAGCUCGGCGGAUAGCGUACUGUCGAGCAACAACUCGCCGCUGAUGGGCCCGUCAGCGAAUCCGAGCACCUGGUCAUCCGGCGCGGCAUCCGACAUGUCGUCCGCCACGACAAAUAUAAUAACGGACAAUAGUAAUGCCAGCGGUAUUAUUGCGUCCGUGGCGAAUGUGCCCUGCAUCUCGUCAUCGGCGCAACCGAUCAUCAGUCGAGAGGCUGAUUCCAUGAGUACGUCAAGGCUGGUCAGGGUGUCCACUCCUACGGAGAACGAAAAGCAUUCGGAGCAUCAUCGAAAUAACAUGGAUUCGAUUUCCCAGAUUUCGUCGGAGGACAGUAUCGAAUGCGUCGACGGCGGCGAUAACUCGGUUCAGCAAAAACAACGAAGUGGCAACGAGGAAAUCACGAACGAGGAAUCAAUCGAGCGUAACGUGUUGACAGCGAUAUCGUCACAUGACGGCAUCGCGUCGAAGCGCGGCGCCAGUCGGAAACAACAGCACUGGAAGUCGCAGAGCGUCGGCGAGAGUAUGAUGGCACAACAGCAAUUGCAGCUGUCGCACGCAAACUCUCUGUCGACGGCGACUAUGACAACGGUAACGACCAUGACGACGACCAUGACGCCGGACGAUGAUUUGCAGCAAGAACAGCAGCUAACAAACUUUUCGGCGAAUCGCGAGCUCUGGCAGCGUCGUGCCACCUCGCAAACGCAACCGAUGAACAACACGACGGUGGUACCGCCUACUCCCAAGUCGUCUUAUUCUCGCGUGUCCCAGGAAUUCCGUGAAAUGCGGCAGAAGCAUACACCCGAUCUAGUGAUGGAUCUACCGCUAUCAGCGCAGGAUCCAGUCGGCAAAAAGUCCGUAUCAUCUAGCAGUCUUAGUAGUUCAGAUGACGAGACGAUGAUAAUGCCGCCGUCGUUGCUGCCGCAACAGCAGCAGCAAGCGCCGCCCUCGCGAGCGGAAGCGGCCACCUCACCGACUGGCGGUCCGGAAUCGCCAGACAUGAGCACUGCCGCCGAGCGUUUCGCUAAGCAAAAUCAAUGCACUCUGAAGAAAAAUACAAAGACCGCAAAUGCAGCGGAAACCGGCAACAAGUUGAAGCGGAUCGAGAUGGCGGAGCAGCACGACGGGACGGGCGUCGUCGUCGUCAUCGACGCGGAGGACGACGAGAUCAUCCGGUCGGCCAGCUCGAAUCAGAUCGCCGUCGACGGCGGCAAUGGGAGUGGUGGGGAAAGUGGUGGUGGAGGAGGGGUGCCGUUCAGGUCACCUCUACCGCCGCGUUCCACCCCCAAGAUCGCUGCCAAGUUCGCCGACAUGCAUCUGACCGGCGGCAGCCAGGUGGUAUCGUCGUUCAAGCCGCAGGUCAAGGUCAAGCCGACGAUCCUGCGCAAACCAGUGAUGCCGUUCCCGCAUCCGCACAUGAGCCCCGAGCUUGCGCGAAAGAUCGAGAAGCAGGCGCAGAGCGCGGAGCAAGCCAAUUAAAAGAUUGCCAUAAUCGCAUAGCCGAGAAAGUUCACAUUAUUCGCGGUUAGUACGUGGUCCGAUCCCCCGGCGAUCGCCGAGAUAUUGUCCUUUCAACGAAGAUGAUACAAGUACAAUUUUGAGCUACAAGGGAAUUUAAACUUCUCGAUUUUUCGAAAGUCGACGCCUCGAAAAUUUCAGGGUCUUCGUUUCACUGAAUCUUCCCCAAUAAUCUUACAUUUUAUGCAAGUUAUUCGCUCUCAAACGAUGCAACUUGACAAUAACCGCUUUCCUUUUCAAGUAUUGUGUGAAAUUGUACGUAGAAUUGCGAAUUGAAAAGAUACAAUAAACUAGGAAACUAGGCUAUUGCCGAGGGAAACGUCGAGCCGAGACUGAUCACGCUUUCGAUGAAAGAGAGAGAGAUCGUCCUUCGAUAUUUCGCCAUUUCAAGACGAUAACGUGUAGAUUUAGAACGAUAUUAGCGCGACCACACGUCCCAUCGACCAGUUACUCCGCCCAGUCGCGAGGACUUCUACUUGUAUUAAUUAUCGAGCCCGAGAAGAAAGGAAAAAACUGCCGCGGUAUAGCGCGGUGUGCGAUAACGCGUGCUAUUAAUUCGCGCGAUGGUGCUAAAUACGGCACGCGCAUGAACUUUUCGUGUAGUAAUUGCACGCAAAGCGAUACCACAGCGCUAUUCUCGCGGAAGCGAGUUUAUUUUUUCUACAGAUGUUUUCCAUUUUCGCAUAAUUUUUUUACCAAAUGAUCCGCGCGAAGUAAUGUUUCUAGUCAUCGAGAGAAGAUAAGAAUAAGAGAGAAAAAAUAAUGAAAAAAGCGAGAAAAAGAUUGUGUGUGUGUGUGUGUGUGUGUCAGAGAAAGCGUGAGAGAAAACAAAAGAAUGAGAGAAACAGAGACAUAGCAUCGAAGAACAUGAAUUUGUAAUGUUGGACGACAUAAUGUAAUUUAUUUUUUAGCGCGUGCCCGCAUAUAUGUGUCAGUAAUAGAUUUUCCUGCUAUCGCCAUACUCUUGACGAGUAUUGUCGCGUGUCGCGGCAAGCGCGUUCAAUGGUUCCUUUAUGCACGAAUGAAUGUUAGCAUGAGUUUGAAAGAAAAAAAUAAAAAAAAAAAGAAAUGAAGGAAGAAAAUACAAGCUGUUCCCCAAUUCUCCCGCUUGCUCGAUCGAGCUAUUAACCCUUUGUAGACGUGAGUCCAGUUCUCGCGUUCUAGAGCAGAAGUGAGUGAGCGUGCGUGCGUGCGUGUGUGCGUGUGUGCGUGUGUGUGAGUGAGUGAGUGAGCGAGUGAGAGAGAAGAGAGUCCCGCGACUUUAUCGAUAAGUAUAUUAUAAUAGGGCGCGUUGUAUAUGUAUCGCGUACCGUCUUAAUUAUAGGUACUAAUUAAUCCAAGUGAUGUUCGAUAUAUCCACGAUAAGGAGGAAGGAGAAUCUAGCUAGAUUAUACGACGACGACGACGCGAGUAUUUAUCGCUUGACGCAGCGUCGCGAGCCGUUACUCAUCGUAUAUAUUUCCGAUAUCAACGAGUCGUAUAGAGAAAAGGAAGAAGAAAAAAAAAAAGACACUUUCUGUAACACUUCGACGUAUUCCCACAUAUUGCCUCUCCCUAUACUCGAUCGAUUAAAACAGAAAAGAAGCUUGUACUCGCGAUCUAUACGAUAACGUAUACGCAUUAAUACAUGAGAUGUAUAUCAUACAAGCGUAUUCGCGAGAAUUUUCUCGACGAAUUCGCGAAGAGAAUCGCGGUGAAUUCCGCAAUAUCCCACCCAUCCCCUCCCUCAACUUUAUGUGUGUAUCGAUUAAAUGUUUAGCACGCGGUCCUCGCGUCGUCGGUGUUAUUGCGAUAUUUUUUAUCGAUAUUUUGUCACUUAAAUGUACGCGAGAUCUCUGCUUUUAAUUUUGACGAUCACCUUUGAUAGAUUCGGAAUUGAUUUUAGAGUUUCUCUGCUGCCUCUUUAAUACUCAAUGUUGAAUAUUUUUAUAAACUUAUGGAAUUGUUAUUCGUGUCAAGUUUACUUAAACUGAAGUGUAAAUAACAAUAAUCCAUUAUAUAAUUCAAACAAAAAGGUAGCUUAUAUUUUUAAUGAUUCAAGUUUGUUUUUUUUUUUUUUUUUCGAUUGAAGAAAAAUCGAUUCUUUUUUCCAUGUAUACAUACAUCUGUCAUCGGAAUUACUGACGGUUCUGAAAUAUACGAUAUAUUUCGGAGAACAGUCGGCCAAAUAUUUGUCUCGGAUGCAAUAAUACUGACAGAUGUGAGAUUCGCUGAGCAUUGCAGGCGCUCUAUACCCACCGCACUAAGAAAUACCAAAGCCAAGGAUAUGCUCCUGUUGAUUAUAAAAAUAACAUUCACGAUAUUUCAGUUUUAAGUGUUGUCGUCUCGUUCUUUACUCUUCUUUUAAAUUACCUUAUACCUGCGGACUGCAUAUUUUGUAUAGUGAUCUCCGGUCUUCGUAUAGAUUUUUUUUUUUUUUUACACGGCGGCAAUCGCGCGCCGAACAAUAAUAAUUUUUAAACGAAUCUGUAAAACGUAAUUUAAUACGCGUUAAUAAUUUAGCGUAGCCACGUCUUAUCAGUGGAUGAUCCGAGAGGAGUGUAAUAGCUUAAUCGAUAAUCUCCCGUUAAGGCUAAUGAUACAUAUGAAUAUCGUAAUAAACGAACUUACAGGCUGUAUACUAUAUUACAAA